GUGGGCUACUCUCCCUUCACUGGAGUUUCCAGGGGUGAGUGCACAAGGACUUCCCAAGCAGGCAAUGAUAAACUCCUCAGAAUUUUCACAUAGCUAAAUUUUUUAAACGCGUUCUGUAGGUAGACCUGAGGCCCUUGCAUUUGUGAAUACAGUCAGUAAAAAUCAGCUGCCAUAUCUUUUUUAUAUUUUUUCGGGGGGGGGGGGGGGAGGGUUUUCCUGUAUUCUUCCUUCAGAGAAUCCUCAUCAGCAUCUUCUUGAACAACAGACUCUGGAGUUAAAUCUGCUCAGACAUGCUCCUAGAGACCGUUUCAAACCAGUAGGACUUGUACUAGUGGGGAGAACAGAAAAUGGUUCCCAACACCUCAGUCUGCUCUGCUGGGCUCUGUGCAUAGUCUCUGCCAUUUUUGCAGCCAUGCUUCUUAUCUGUCUGCAGAUCGCAUGUGUGUGAGGAUCUCCAUGGUGACUUGGGCACUUGAGGCAGAAAUAUGAGCUGCAUCAUCUCCCCCUGUUGUCCAUCGACAUAAAAUGCAGUGUUCUGGAACAUGAGAAAGGCAAUACAUUUCCUCCAGUUCUUUGUAAGCUGAUAUGAAGCAGACAGACACCUUCUGAAGUUUUGUGCAUGCUGUGCUCUUUUUUUCUUUGCUGCAACAAGAAAAGCCUUUUCUUUUAACCUGGCUUCCUUUGAAGAAGUAACUCAGGAAGCUUCAUGGCCUCUCAAGAAUAUCGGGGACAAACCAACCCAGUUUUUAAGGAUCACCUCCCUGGUUCUUCUGACCUUUCUGGACAGAAUAAACCUGUUGAACCAACAAGCCUCUGGAAGCAAACAUCACACCCUUAUAACUUGCCACCUGGUCUGGAGUACCUGAACCAGCUGGACCGGAUAAUUAUUCAUCAGCAAGUGGAGCUUCUUGAAGCCAUAGUUGGCACAGAGACCUCCAGCAAAUACGAGAUAAAAAACCAUUUGGGACAAAGAGUUUACUUUGCAGUAGAAGAAAAUGAUUGCUUUGAUCGUAAUCUGUGUUCGCCUAUAAGGUCUUUCACCAUAAGGAUUGCUGAUAACAUGGGCCAAGAAGUGAUUACAGUGAACAGACCCUUGAGAUGCAACAGCUGCUGGUUCCCCUGUUUCCUGCAAGAGUUAGAAGUUCAGUCCCCACCAGGUACAAUAGCUGGAUAUGUUGUACAGAACUGGGACCCUUUUCUGCCAAAGUUUACUAUACAGAAUGAAAGUAAAGAAGAUGUACUAAAAAUAAUUGGCCCAUAUGCAACAUGUGGCUGUUUUGAAGAUGUUGACUUCGAGGUAAAAACUCUCAAUGAGAUGUCAACGAUUGGCAAAAUUUCCAAGUACUGGUCUGGAUUUGUAAACAAUGUCUUUACCAACACCGCCAACUUUGGGAUCCAGGUCCCUGUAGAUCUUGAUGUGCGAAUCAAGGCAAUACUGAUUGGUGCUUGUUUCCUCAUUGACUUAAUGUUCUUUGAAAACUCUUUGGAUGGAUUAUAACAAGAUGACAGAAACAAUAAAAUAUGCAGAAUGUGUUUCAGUAAGUAAAAAUGAACAUAAAUUGAGCUUCUUGCUUUGAAGACUUAUACAUUAGAUACUUUCUAAUUCUUUUUCAUUUUCUUCCAGAAAUCGCUUGAGCUUUGGACAUGAUUUUGAACCUCACAAAUCCUUGUUCCUUACAGGAAAAGAUAGGGAGCUAAUGAUGAUGUUUAUUAAAAUACGUCUCACGUAAAUAAUGAUUUCCCUUUUACAUUUUAUAUGUGUUGUAGCUAAACAUAUAUUUUUCACACAGAGCACUUGCUUUGGAAUUGUGCUAUUCUUUUCUUUCUCUUUUGAUGUUUCUGCAUGGGAAAUCAUAAAAGAUUAGAUGAAGGCUUGCAGCAUCACUGAUGAAAGUCUAUGUUUAGAGAAGCCUUUGAUGUUUUGCAAGUGCUAGUACCAGUUACCAACCACACGAAAGCGGGUUCCGGGGGUUUUGUUUCUCCUAAUUUUAGAAGCAAUUUUCUGAUUUGUUAUUUAAUUAAUAGUAGCAAACUGAGUUGGAAAGUAACAAAUAGACAUCACCUAAUGGGAAGCUUAAGAUGUUAUCUGUUGCAAUGAGUUGAAAGAAGGGAAGCUAUGUUUGCUAUUAAAUUAAUUUUAUGGCAAAGACUUGUUUGUUACAGCCAGGAAUUAGGCCUCCAGCAUUAGGCUUGGGAACAUAAGUUCUAUUCAGAAAAUCUGGUCUUUCACUGUUUUUAUUGAAGGCAGGCCAUAAGGUUUGAGAGAUGGUCCUCUAUGUGCUAGAGGUGCACUUUGAACUAUCCAGCAUUGAUUCUUGCUUCCAUUGACUCAAGCCUUCCCUUAAAAGGUUUGUUCUCCUUUAUAAUAUCUGGUGGUUAGAAACUUUUCAUUCAGACUUGCCUGAGGCCACUCUAGAACAGAAUUAUUCUUUUCCUUUGGCAAGCUCAGGUAUUUUCUAUGAUAGAAAGACUGUACAGUAAGAGCUUUUUCUGUUUCAGAUGGCAGCUUUACAUAGCUGUUCAUUCCUGCAGUUACACCUCAUUAUACAAUUCCCGAACAUUCUCACCAACAGGCUUCUAUUAAUACAAACUUUCUUUGUAGAAGCAUCCAUGAUAUAUAUGAAAGUCAUGAACAGAAUAAUUUUUGUUGUGAAAUAUUUUCUGUAUGAACUUGCUUAUCCUCUCCUAAAAACUCCAACGAGUCCUUCAAGAAGCAAAUUAGUAGGAUACAAUAUUGGUGGUAAAAAAAGAAAUGCCGUUGUAGUCACUGGUCAAGUUUCCAAGGGAAGCAUCUUAUAAAUCAGGGAAUGCUGAAUAUUUCUUUUUAUCAUGAACUAGUAAUUCAAUUCUUGAAAACAACCAACACAUCAACGGAAAGGAGAGGAGAUAAUGAAUAAUUCAUAAAAAUGAAAAAGAGCUAAAUUUAUCAGGUGAUUAAUUCUCAACAAAUAUUUAGACUAAUUUUAAAUUAAUGUUCAUGGAUAUGAAUUCAAACACAGUGAAGUCAGGAAGUUGCAACUAAUGUUCCCUUAGUGAAAUUAACUCAGGAUUGCUUAUAGAUUUAAACAGUAUGUUUUAGAUUAUAUACCACACUUAGGUAUUUAUACAGAUUUACAUAUGUCUUCAAAAUAAUUGUGGUUAACAAGCUCUGACAAUCAUCAUUAUCUUUUAACCAUUUUAUUACUGACUCUUGCUGUGAUUCUUAGCAGUGCAAUCAGGCUGCAAUCUGCAGAAGUUAUGAACUCACAGGGAACCAUUGCCAUCACCUUUCCCAGGAGGAAGCAACUUGUGAGCUUUGUGGGCAGAGGCUCCCUCGUGUGGAAAUUUAUAGUUUUGCAGAAGAAUACAGAUGACUGAUGCCAAUUUGCUAUUCUCACUAGUUUCACAUUGGUGUAAUUCUAUAAAAUUCAGUCCUUUCACUCCUGACUUACUCUAAUGCAAAUUGAGAAAAAGAGACAGAUUUUAAUAUUAAUCUUUCUCUUUGAAUCCCUUUUCUAUCUUAGGCAGAAGUGACUAUUUUUGUAGCAAACAUUCUUUAGUCUCAUGCAAAAACAUGUUCUUGCACUGUUAUCGAGUUGUAUGUAUCUGAAUGCACAGCUAAAUGUAGUGCUUGGUGAGAUCAGCGGGCUCCUUUGCUAUCUGCCACUUCCUCUGCUAUUUCCAGACUUCUUAUGACCCUUAAUAAGCUAAAGACCUCUUUGAAGCAGAUGUGUGCAACUGCCACUGAAGUCAAUACAAAAUAGGGUCUUAUUUACCUGUGGGGCUGAAAUUUGGCUGAGUGUCCACAUAUGUACCUUGUAGGUAAGCAAUGCAUAUAGAUUUUAUGUAUUGUAACCAGAUGAUAGCAUUAUUUCUUGCACUUAGUGACAUCAUUGCUGGGUUUUGUGCUAGUACAACCUUUUUUUUUAAAGAAGCGUAAUGCUUGCAUGCCUGUAUGAAUAUAUUUGAAUGCCUCUGCUGAAUGAGAGGCAGCUUCUGGGACAUACAGGAACAGGUUCAGUCCCCAAAUAAAACAAAGCACUGGGGUUGGGAUAGCUCUUGAUGAUUAGAACUUCCUCAGCAGCCUGUUUGACCUUGGUCCUACCCUUCAACAUCCUGGUAGAAAUUCUGUGCCAAUGCCAGCGCUUUUUUGACUAGAAGCUCCUUCAUCUAAAUCACAGCUGCCAUAUGAGGGCAGGUAUUCAUCCUUGGCAAAGAUGAUGGAGUUCUCUGGGAUAUUACUAAAGAAAAGCUAACAAGUACUAAGGUUUUAAACACCUGCACCUCUAACUAGUCACUCUUUCUUAUUAAUAGCUUUCACAUUAUGGGAGCUAUAUGUGCUCUUUACAAAUCCCAACUCUCUUGAUUCCCCCAUGGGCUAGGAGUGGCUCUCCAAAGGAGAAUUCCGUAUUUCCCAAAGGGGAACAGCUAUUCUUUAAAACAGAUUCAUGGCUUGAACAUCUUCUAGAAAGAAACAUGAUUGUUCCAAUGAAAGAGAAAUUUUACUUAAUGCAGCCGAGUGAACAGUUUCAUAGUUGAUCACUAGCCAAAUCUGUGUAGUAUAUAAUUCUUGUGUUCAGUAGAUGGCAGCAACAGUUCAUUAUUACAGUGGUUAGCUUUCCACAUAUCACUAGUUGCGCCCAGGCUGCUGAUUAAAAAUCAACACACCUUUAACCUCUAAUUGAUUUCUACCAUUAUCUGGAGGAUUUUAUUUUCGUUUCUAUUCAAUCUUUGUCACAUGAUGCUAGGUUAUCUUUACUGCCUGCAAUUUGCAGCUGAAUUAUUGGUGACUGGUAUUUUAUGAGCUCUGGCAGGUGCAUGGGCAGAAUCCACUCUACCACAAAGUGAGCUUUUCUGGUCAGCCCAAAGCCCAAUUUUUGCACCUGGAACAUCUCUCCAGCUUCCACCGGUGGACAGAGGAGAACUCCCAGGAUGUUCCCCACCCUCUGCAGAAACAGGGCUGUGUCUAAAGAAGACUGCUUUGUGGUGGGGUCCCUAGGAGUGUGGAAGUCAAAUUUGCCCCUUGUCAUGUCAUCACGGUCCAUCACUAUGCGCUGUCCUGGAGUAUAGGCACGGAAACCCCCUCUAGUGUGCCACACUAUGUGCACAAGUACGUGGGAAGGAGCUAGUUUGUCUGUGGGGAGAUCAGCCGCUUUUAGUAAGAGUGUGGCAACACAAUCUCUGUAAGUCUGAUGUUAUUUUGGUUUGUUGGGGUUUUUUUGUUCGUUUGUUUUUUGGUGUUUAUUAUUUUGUUUUGUUUUGGUUUGUUUUAUCUGAUAAUGUGGUGGAUGCAAAAGUACUGCUUUGUACACUUUAUGUAUAUGGAAAACAAUUUGUUUCAAUUGGGUUAUUCGAUUUUAAUUAAACAAACCUAGAAUGAUCCAAAAUACACAUUUUCUA